AUGGUUGGAAAGCACGAUGUCCUACGAUAUACAAUCCCUGGUGGGAAAUACUGCUAUGUAUUCCUAUUCAAAAGAUCAAAUCAUAACCACGACGUGUAUCGAUGUCGAGAUUGCAAGAGGAAGGGAGCUCUUGUCACCGUGAAGGUAGUUGGUGAUGAUUUCUUGUCUGAUCCUUGCGAUGAACCGCAUAUAUGUCUUCCAACGGAUUCCUUGAGAGACAAAGUGGAACGAUUGGUGUACAAGGCAUGCUACGCGAAAAUUGGCACAAUUUAUGCAGAUUUGACACCGGCCACAUGGCUUCUGCCUCAUCAUGUUGAACCCGUGGCACUCAAAAGUCAGGCUCAACCCCCUCGCUUUACCCUACCUGGUGCCCUAUGUGUGCGGUGUAAAAGCACACGGGCUAUUCGGCCACACCACCUCAACGUAGUUCGUGGGAUCGAACUCCGCCCUGAUCAGUCGUGCUUGAAUCUCCCUAGGGUCGAUAUAAGGGUUAACCAGGAUGAAGAUAUGGGGAUGGAGAUGCCCCAACAUGGCCAUCAGCGCAGUGCACUUCCACUUUCAUUGCUCCGCACCGCUCAAAACCAUCCAAUGCUUAUUGAGCUGAAGAAUGGAGAGACUUACAAUGGCCACCUGCAGUCGUGUGACUCUUGGAUGAAUAUCCACUUGAGAGACGUUAUUUUCACAUCAAAGGUGAGUUCCAUGUUU